UAUUUAUUGUAGAAUCUGAAGAUAUUUUCAUGUUUUCAUGUGCAUUGUUGUUUUAACUUUGUGUCAACAAUAUUGACAAGUAUGAAUCCUUUUUGUGAGAUCUGGCUUGGCUGUCAUCUCUUUCUGGUUAGACAAGCAAUCCCGAUGAUCUAUUAAGGAUGCGAUCUUUUUAAUCUUUUUUUAUUUUUCUUAAACCUUAAAUCUUGGGAGAUAAGUGUAUGACUUUUGAAUGCCUAUGGUUGGUUUUUGGUGAAAUAAUGUUUCCUUACUAUUGGAUCUCUUGGAUAUGUGUUUUGUAUUAGUUUAUUGAUCUCUAUAGCAGGUGAUCUUGAAAGCCAAGCUGCUCGUUUCUUCAUUUUACCAUAAAUUUCUUUUUUUGUCGGUUGUUAUGAUUAAGGAAACUUAGUUCGUUGAGGUUUCAAAACGUGUGCUAAUUAAUCGCUUUUCUUGAUGUGAUACAAUGACCCUGUAAUGGGAAAAGAAAGCUCUGUAUGCUGUUUACACAGUUUAGAUUUCUUUUCGAUGCUGUGAAGUUGUUUUCGCCUGGUAAUAGUUGUGCGAUAAUGACAGAUUUUGUUAAUUACAUAUUCGGGAUUGAUAAAGUCUCCCACCGGUGUUUCACACAUAAAAGAAAACCCAAAAACAACAAAAUUGAACACGUCGAUUUGGAGGGGGCUAAUACGAGAGAAAGAUAUUUCUGGUGCAUUUUGCUGGAACCAUUCUUUUAUUUCUUGAAAAUCCUAGUGCUAAUAAUGUUCUGCCACCCAUCAAAUGUUGUGUAGCUUUGGAGAUGACAAGUUCUCAGGAAGUGCUUGCUUGAUGAACAGCUUUCCUAGUAGCAGCGACAAGAAAACAUUGAAGAGGUGGUUUUUCAUUGAUAAAAGGGUUGGGUAAAAGGCAUUUUUUAUAACGUGCACAAAUUAUUGUUUGGUCAAGUGUUUGUUGGUAACAUAAUUCAUUCUUCACAAGUACUACCAAGUAAUUUGGCUACCAUGGAUAUCGAGUCAAACCAUUCUUCUCCUGUUCUCACUGAUCCUGCUCCAAUAAACAAGUCAAGGCUCGGCAUCCAUUCUAAUUUGUUGUCUUACGCACCAUCGGGAGGAUCACUAUCCUCUAGCAAGUAUAGAAACAUUCCUAGAAAAAAGCCUGGGAAACUUGAUGAAGUCUGCUCGAACGCAUGUCUGGAUGCCAUGAAAUCCUCAUCACCCCCUCGCAAGAAGCUCAUUAAGGAUGGUGCUGACACAGCUUACGGCACCUGGAUGCUCAAGCAUCCAUCAGCACUCAACUCAUUUGAGGAAAUUGCAAAUUUUGCCAAAAACAAAAAGAUAGCAAUGUUUCUAGACUACGAUGGUACUCUCUCUCCAAUAGUAGAUGACCCGGAUAAUGCCCUUAUGUCUGAUGAUAUGCGUUUUGCAGUAAGAAACUUCGCAAAAUAUUUCCCAACGGCGAUUAUUAGUGGAAGAAGUCGUGACAAGGUUUAUCAGCUUGUAGGACUAACAGAAUUGUAUUAUGCUGGUAGUCAUGGGAUGGACAUCUUGGGCCCUGUACGAAAAGCGGUGUCCAAUGACCAUCCAAACUGUAAUGAAUCAACUACUGACCAACAGGGCAAGGAGGUGAAUCUGUUUCAGCCUGCUAGAGAAUUUAUACCUAUGAUCGAUGAGGUAUUUAGAACCCUUGUCGAGGAUACUAAGGGGAUCAAAGGUGCAAAAGUUGAGAAUCAUAAAUUUUGCGUCUCUGUACAUUUCCGUAAUGUAGAUGAGAAGAACUGGCAAUCUAUUGCACAAUGUGUUCAGGAUAUUUUAGAUAAGUAUCCUCGUUUGCGAAAAACUCAUGGACGGAAGGUUUUAGAGGUCCGUCCAAUGAUUGACUGGAAUAAAGGAAAAGCAGUUGAAUUUUUGCUUGAAUCUCUAGGUCUAAGUAAUAGAGAUGAUGUACUCCCAAUUUAUAUUGGUGAUGAUCUGACAGAUGAAGAUGCAUUCAAGGUGCUCCGGGAGGGGAAUCGAGGUUGUGGAAUUUUGGUGUCAUCUAGACCCAAAGAAACAAAUGCAGUUUACUCUCUCAGAGAUCCAUCGGAGGUGAUGAAAUUUCUCAAUUCCCUGGUGACGUGGAAGAAGGUGGAUGCAUCCUGAAUAAUAGGAGGACCAUCUGAUGACAUGCAGAGAUAAUUUAGAAAUAUGAUUUUGAAUAUUUUAUAGAUAUUUUGCAUAAUAAAGAGGCUGCUGGUGCUAGUGUUGAUUAUUUUGCAUUUUGGACCAGUAAUUUAGAGCUGUGGUUUUAAAUUACUGUCAAUUUACCCCCCUUACCUCGUUUCAACUUGUAAAGCCAUUUUUGCUUUUAAGUUUAAGCUUAAAGGUCUAUUUAUCCAGUUGAUUCUUUAUUUAAAA